ACCGCGAGAAGAAAUCGCGGUCUCCCGGUCCUCCAAACUCGCCUGAAUCGCGCGUCCAUCCCCUCCCUCCCGGUCUUGAGUCGAGAAUCUUCAUUACUGAAAAGAGUCCAGUAUAGCCAUAGCAGAAACAUGAAGAGAAAUUCAAAAAAACACCUCUGUGGAGCAAUCACCAAAAGAACUGUUCGUAAAGUCCUGCUUAGCAAUCUUCCUACGGAUAUUUUAUCGCAGAUCUUGUCGUGGUUGCCAAUAAAUGAUGCUGUAAGGACAAGUAUAUUAUCAAGGGAGUGGAAAUAUGUUUGGCGUGGCCACACCAACCUAACUUUUGAUUCGGCUACAAUGAGGAAACAAUAUUUUAAGGCCUCCUUUGGUUACGGGUUCAUCAAUGCUACAGAGUUUAUUUCAAGAGUUGACACAGUUCUCCGUCAACAUAGUGGUGUAGAGAUUAAGCAUAUGGAAGUUAAGCAUAUGUUACAUAAUAAGCAUGCAAAUCAUGUUGAUAGAUGGAUUAACGUUGCAAUUGCGUCAAAGACAAAGGAACUCAUUAUUGACUUAAAUGGUGGGUUCAAGUUAUCAUUGUCCAGAGAUAUAUCACGUGGCAUAUAUAGAGACAAAGGAGAACCGUAUAAUAUACCUCCACAGCUUUUCAGUGCCGACAAUGGUCCAUACUUGCAGCGUCUGGAGCUUACUUCUGUGUCUCUACAUCUACCUGCUGAUUUCAAAGGAUUUCUGAACCUUAAGAAACUUACCUUAGUAGAUGUGAGUAUCACCGAUGAAGAUGUUCAGUGUAUGCUAUCAAGAUGCAAUCUUCUGGAGUUUUUCGAGAUUGCCUACUGUAGAAUGGUUACUAGUAUUCGGAUGCCUAAGCCUUUGAACCAGUUUAAGCAUUUGCUAGUGGAUAAAUGCCCCUUACUUCAAGUGAUAGAGCUGAAUUGUAGUCUAACAGUACUCGAGUACACUGGUACCGUGGUUCCAUUAAUAUUUACUUCAACUUGCAGGCUGAAAAAUAUACUCAUUAAGUUCAUGACUUGCCAUGCUGCUCUUGACUACAUGGUCACUGGAUUCCCUAGUACUUUGCCAAGUCUCGAGACUUUGACCUUACAUUGUGCACAACGCGAGAGAAUCAUUUUACCUGGAAAGACUUUCAUAUUUACUCAUCUUCGGCAUUUGAGGUUGGAAUUAGUUCUGCUUGGUAAUAAAAAGAGACACACUGAUGUCCUUGAUUAUGCUUAUCUCUUGGAGGUCGCUCCUUUCAUGGAAAAACUGGAGCUGCUUAUGUGGUUAUGCUGCCAACGCCGACCAUAUUGCAAGGAGGAUGGUGAGCUAAGGAGUCGUCCUCCACACCAUCACACCCAUCUCAAGUUUGUUCAUAUCAGCGGAUUUUUCGGUCACAAAGACCAGGUGGAGCUGGCACUUCAUAUUCUUCGUAGUUCCAUCAUGCUCGAGAAGAUGGAGAUCAACCCAAGGGUUGAAAUAGCUGACUGUGAUGAAUCAGAAAAACAAUUUUAUGAGAGGGAACAGUACGUGGAUGGUCAUAGAGUCGCCACCGAAUAUGUUUGCAAGGCAGACCACCGCAAUGUUGUAGAUGCAGUAAGGGCAUCAUUUUCAUGGGGCCCUCCGCUUGACUACCGCCAUGCAAGAGGAGUUCAAGGGGUCUCGCGACCACGAGGCAGGCUGUCACGCAGGCACAAAGGCUGCUGCAGGAGGCACCCUUAAAAACAUGCGCAAAAUGGCUGAGACUUCCCAGGCUCUGAACUGUCUGAACCCGUAGACAUCGUGGCCUUCAGGUUCGAUGCAAGAGUUAAGUGGAUCAUUAAACUUGUUGCAGGCUUAUUUCUCUCACUCAAGUAGUUCUGAAUUUGCUCUAUGCAGAAUGGAUUGCGUGAAUCAGUAGAAAAUUCUUGAUGUUUGUGCAUAGUUGAUCAGUAGUUGUGAAGUUGCGCUAAAUUCCUGUAAACUCCUUUCAGUUUUAUUCUUAAUUUUAUCUGAA